AUGAAUUGGUUUAAGAAACUGAAUUUAAUUUUAUGCUGGGCUAGGCGGAAUAAAGAUUUGGGUUUAUUAUUAAUAUUAUAUAUAGAAAAAGAGCAUACUGUUUGGGAUGUUUAUUUUAUAUGAUUCAGUACUUUUGAUGUAUUUAAUGACUGAGGAAUUCAGUAUUAUGAUUUUACAAAGAUUUUGUGUCAGCAUUUUAAUUCUCAGUUUUAUUUCAAAUCCUAUUUUAUUAAUACUUAUAUCGGCAUAUCGGACAGAAUUGUCAUCUUUUAAUUUUUCAUUGAGAAUCUAUGCGUUUUUUCCAAUUGCCUUUAUUUUCUGUAAUACUUUUUUGGCGAUGCAUCCCAAAGUAAUGAAAUUUUUGAUGUUCUUUAUGGGGCUAAAAGACACAAGAGAAAUUUACAAGUUAACUUUAUGUGUUUUUUUUGGGAAAUAUUAUAUGACGGUAUUUUUAGAGUUGUUUAUACAGUCCUGGGUAAUCGCAUACAACAUAAUUGAGUCUAAAAAUUUCAAUUUCAAUGCGAUUAUUUAUGUCGGUACUGUAAUUUUAUUCAGUAUUUUAUUAGGAGUAUUAAGGUAUUUUGAUGCCAAUAAAAUAUAUAGAGAUUAUGUUAUAGAAUACUCAAUUGAUAACCCAGACCUUGACGGAAGAUUGAUUGUAGAAACUGAAGAAAGUGAAAUUUAUCCACCAAGUGAUGGAACUGGGGUAGCUUAUAAGCGGAUUAGCUAUGAUCCAAAAGGGGAUGAAAAAACCUGUGCUGUUUGUCUGGAAAAUUUAAUAAAGGGUGAUAUAGCACUUGAAAUAAAUUCAUGUGGACAUCAGUUUCACGAAAAUUGCUUAAUUAAAUGGUUUGAAAGGCGGCCAAUAUGUCCGUUGUGUAGGAUUCAGCAUUAA